AGUCAAGUAGUUCUGCACUACGUUUUUAUGGGACUGGACAAGACUGUUCAGGAAUACACAGGGAAGGAUAACACCAGUGAACUCUUAGAACUCAUGCAAGUGCUGGACAAGGAUGGUCACCCAAAGGAUAAGGAACAACAGUGGGAUGUAGAUCAAGUGAUCAACAAAGUGAACAAGCUACAUGAAGUUUACAAUGAAGUGACUCUUGAUGAUGUACCUUCACAGAGCCUCAAAUCAACUGAGGUGUGGUCACACAUGCUGGACAAACUGGAUGGAGAGUCGGCUGUAGCCAGCGUAAACCGCAUGGCCAAGGCAGGUCUACUCAGCCAGAGUGCAGACAACACCAAUGUCCUUCCCAAUAAGCUGGUUGACCGCUUGACUCAUUCUGAUGUUGCUUCAAGCCCUGUGACUCCAGCUGUUGCUCUCAUGGCUCUUCAUGCUUAUGAGCACCCAUCCAGAUUCUCCAGCGAGGCCUGUGGCAAAGUGUACGAGAAGAAGUCCUGCAAGUCUCCAAGAGCCCCUACGAAAGCUCCCCUCAAGAAGUCAACCAAAGUAAACCAGAGUGUUGUUGAUGCUCUUCACAAGCUCAUUGCUGGAAGUUCCAAGAAUAUUGAAAAGACAGCAAAGAAGCUAGCAAUUGUUGUUGAUGUUCGAGGCUACAUGAGCACAAGCCAUGUGUGGACAGGUAACCCAGAAGGCAAAGGGGAGGUAACAGGACACGAAGGAGCUGCUGUGAUUGUGCUCACCCUCACUUCCGGUGGAACUUGCCCGGUUGUGAACACCCUGGCCUUCUCUGGCACUGGAGUAGCUGAAGUGCCUGUUACGGAGGGGAUAACUCUCUUGCAGCUGGUGGAAAAAUUCAAGGAGACGGUGAUAGGUGAGGUCAGUGUUGAUGCUGCUCUGAAUUGGGCCCAAGAGAAAAAUAUGGAGACCGUCGUCGUCAUCACCCACAAGCUCGACCAGCAAGCCAUCUCUGCUGCUGCCCAGUCCCUCAAGCAGAUCAAUGAUAAAAACAACACACAAAUGAGAUUGGUGUUGUGUGGACUAGGGACAAAGCACCUGCAUACCCAGCGAACAGAGAACUUCCUUCUUGUGCUUGGAUUUGAUCAGCGAACACCCAGCAUCAUCAGAGCCUACCAUGAGAGGCUCUUUUAAGAUGGGGACAAUGUUAGCCUUCUGUUUUUUUUAUCGCAGGAGAGAGUUGCUGUGACCAGCAGUUGGAGGGAGAUCUGAACCACAGUUGUUAUUUGCAGAUCGACCUCAGCUCUAAGGCAUGGGAUUAUGACUAGCAAAGUUUAUAGUAGGCCAUUGUAAGUGAGGUUGUUGGGCAGUCAAGGCAUUUGUGACUUUCUCAACAAACCAUAACAAUUGAAAGAAACCUCAUUCUUGAAGAGUGUGAUCUCAUUUUCAGAUUUAAGAUUCAGGAGAUCUUGUUGCGCCUUUGAAUCCAAGUUUUUCAAGUGUAAGGGGUUCAGUGCAGUGCUUGAAAAGCAUAGGAUUUUCAAGUGGAAUUAACUGCAUGGUCCUUAUGACAAAGCAUAGCACAGACUGAGCUAGAUUUUUGGUGCCUUCACAAAAUUUUUCCAGAUAUUUAGUGCUCGGUCAUUUUGUAGAAACAUUUUCUCAUGUGAAGAGUGAGUAGGACAAUGUUUUGAAAGAUCUGAAAGUAUUUUGUGACCAACACAUUUGUCUAUAAAAUGUACCCAAAUAUACCUGAUAUUUGCGGGUUGAGCUUCUUGUUCUGAACUCCAGAGGGUAGCAUAUAUUGGUCUAGAAACUUUUUGAAAUAAAGAUUAGCUUUAAUGAUGCUAAAUAGCUAUGUACCGUAGAUUCUGUUAGGUACAAGGGCUCAUUAUGCCAUUUUAGAAUAAUUCAAAUUUAGGUGAUAUUUUUUGAGUAAUUAGUGCUGGUAAUAUCCAUCCACAUACGUAGGCAGAUGUAAGGAUUAUGACUGCCAUUUGAUUUAAGUAUAGAAUUUUAUUCCAGAUAUAUUUUGGAGAAAAGUGUACGUGAAACUUGUACAAAAUUCCAGUACGUGUUAAGUGUAUUCUGAACUACAAAAAGAUCUACUUCCAGAUCUUGUUGUUUCGGUUUCCCUCGUUUCUACUAGCCCUUCUGUAGCUCUUUCAGGACCCAAUCUUACAAAAGUGGCAUGAUAUUCAAAGCUGAUUGUUAUAAAGCCAAACCAAUGCUUGAAAGACUGUGGUAAGAUACAAACAUUAAGCUAGCUUUGAUAUUAACUACAUGCAAAUUUGAAUUCAUUUUGUGUUGUUUUCUAGAGUCCUGUCCAUCGAGGAUGCUGUGGAUUUGCAUUAGUUGAUUUUUUAAAUUCAGUUUUAUUUGAAUUUUUCCGAAAUAGUGAUUAUUGUGAAGCUAUAAUGUUCAGAAAUAUGGAGUGGUACACAUAUCAUAGAUGCUUCACAUUUGGAGUCGAAGAACUACUAAAAUGUAAUAAGGCUAUUACAGAAAAUGUCAGUUUACAAAAGAAUAGAAAUGAAUAACAUUUCAUUAUUAAUAUUGUUGUAAAGUCUUGUACAUCUUUUCAUAAUGAAAAAAGAGAGAACAAAUUACUCAAAUUUUACAUUUUUUAAUGACAAUCAAACCACUGAUGUAUCAUUUUUUUAUAAGAGUAAUCCAAGUUGUUUGGCUGGGAACUUCAAGAGACUAGAUGUUUUUGAAUUGUAGAUCUGAGUCUGUGCCAUGAUAUUGGCUGACUUUUGUAAGUGGAGAAGACUAUAUUUAGGAACAUUCAUAUAAUGUGCGACUUAUCUAUACAACAAAUGACAGAUCUAGAAAGAUUGUGUGAUGAUAUCAAGUGAAGUAAUAUAAUUUGUAUAAAUUGCGGCUAGAAAAAUGUGAAUUGUUUCUGGUGUAGAAAACUGCAGACUCCAAGGGCAGUAGAGAGCACUUGAAAUUCAUUUGUGAUGGAUGAAAAUACUCCCUUUAAUUUAUGUUUAGGAUCUUUGGUGUAGUUAUGGAACGAUAGUGUGUAGCUUAUAAGUAUUUAAUGGAAAGAAUGAAAAAUUUGCUCGUGCUAUUAGUGUUGAUGGAUAAUGGAAGCCUUAGCAACUGUCAGUGUUGGUUGAGGUGAUCUGUCAAGGGAAUAGAUACAGAAAGUGGUGUGUCUUAAUUUAGUUGUAUAUAUUUUUCAGCUGCCAUUUCAAUAAGAUCUGACUAAUUCCAAUUAAUGAAAUUUAGUAGAUGGGAUAAAUUAAUAAAUAUGAAGUUUAACUUAAAGACUGACUAAUAUUCUGCUGGAGGUUGGUAAUCCAUUGUGUUAAGAAGUCAAAGAAAAUCUUUGGUGUUGUGCUAGUCAUUUAAAAAAGGGAAAGAUGGAAAUUGUGCAGCAUUUUCCCUUUUGCUCACAAGUUGCACAUAGUUCAUCUGCUUCUUGUGCUGAGUCUAAGUAAUUUUUUUUCAUUUGAGAUAUCCAUUUUGCAAAGAAUAAUCAUUUACAUACUUCAGACUGAGUGCAAACUGUAAAAGAAACGACUGCAUGUACUAAGAAGUGUAUGAAAAAAGGUUUUCCUAUGAAACUAACACUUGGUACAGACGAAUGUGUAUGUUGAUAAGCUUUGAAAGAAGGUUGUCUAGGUUUUAGAAAAUUGAGGAAGCUAAUGUUCAGAGGGAGUUUUAUUUAAAUUAAGAAAUCAAAGCUGGUAGUAAGCAUUCUUUAAAAGUGAAUUUGAUAUGUAAAUAUUUUAUUUUUUUCUAAAACUGGAAUUCUGUAAAGGGAGUGAUUUUUUUUUUCCAUUUUGUGAAUAUAAAGGAAGAAGGAUUUUACCCAGUGGAAAGCAGUUGAUGACAUCACAUCAUCAUAGGUCAGAACAAGAGCACUUACUAAUGAAACAAUGUCUGUUAUGCCCUUUUCUGAUGAUUGCUCCUUCAUUCAGCAUACUAUUUGCUUGAAGGCACUUGACAUAAUUCUUCAUGCUCAAGCUUUUGUGCUAAAUUACCAUCUAAUGCACCAGAGGAAAGUCAGGAAAAUAGAAAGAGCAAUAUACUAACUUGUGAUGGAUUCAUGAGGUGAAUUGGUAUGGAUAUGGAACAUCCAUGAGGUUAGGUUGUCUCUUGUUUCCAGAUCCUAUUUUAAUGGAUUUUAUGGUGCUGUAAACGUGUGUUAAGGCCAUUCAAGUAACAAUACUGAUAUUAGAGAAUUGUUCUCUAAAUAAUGCAUAUAUCUUAGGUAUAUGUGUAUAAGAGUAACACUAUGGGAAGAGGAAACCAUAGACCUCAAGUGAUUGACAAAAAAGGAUAAAAAGGCAUUCCUCAAUAAUGUCUGCACUUGAAGAUGUUGCUUGUAGGCUUGUGUACCUCGGAUAAUUUGUGGUUCUAACCCAGCUCACUAUCACUUACCUUAUGCUGAGAAAAGAGAAGAAUGAGAAAAUCAUGUAAAAUGGAAGUGUUUAUAAGAAAAACAUACCUGUUGUGCUCAUAAAGUGUAAGUAUUGAAAGUAAUUAAACUGGGAAAAAGUGCAAUUUUUGAAGAGAAGAUAUUUUUUAAGGAUUCAAGGUGAGUAGAAAAGUUGAUUGUGUAAUAACAGUGAAUAUAUUGGCUUCAUUGGGAAAAAAAAAAAAAAAGCAAAAUGAUAUCUCCUGAAUAGGAUUAUUAAUCAGUAUUUAUCAAGAUCUGAUUAUGAUUAGGCCAAUAGAAAUCUGUCAUAUAGUCCCGUAUUUAGUACAGAGCUGAGGCUAUCUUGUAAGACAAUUGAAUGAACUUGUGCAUUUGUUCAGAACCAUCAUCCAAUGUGAUAAUUUUAUUAAAGGGGCAUCACUUGCCAAUUGCAUGCCUGUGGGAUAUCAGGGUGGAAAAUUUAAACAAAAACCUGAAUGUGAAAUGCCAGUGAAAGUUGGUGAUAUUACUGAAGUGUCUAUUGUUUUUGCAUCAAGAAACCUGGCAAAAGAAAAAGCUUUAACCUGUUUUGAACUUCUUGUUGUAUGUCAUGAUAAGAAAAUGAUUUGCAUUUUAUAUGAUUUCUUGCAUUUCUUGUUUUUGUUCCGAGCAUUUUAUGUUUUGUGUUGUAUUUUAUAUAUUCUCUUUGGUAUGUAUCAUUUUAAAUCUAUGAAUCCACUUGGUUGCAUGUUUUGUGUAGUAGCAGCAUUUUUAUUGCUUUGUAAUGUUGAUUUCAAUGCUGUAUCAACUUUAUUUUUUAUCAUUUUUAUUCUCUUGUAAGGAGAAUGGUGAGUAAUAACUAUUGAAAUGGGCCAGAUACAAACAUGGUAAAUAUAAGGCAUUUACGAGCAUGGCAUUUUUUGUGUAUUAAGGAAAUUUGGUUUAUUAAUGCUGUGUUUAGUCAGAUUCUCUUGUCAUGUUCGUUGUUAAUCAAAUGAUGAUGCCUCUAGUCUUCAGAUUGCGUUGCAAUUUUAUGUUUGCGCUUUAGCUUAAAGAGAAAAGGAAAAAAAAUAUUUUUGGGUUUACGAUCAUACAUUUCUACAAAGGAUUAUGUAUGGUCUGUUUUCUCUCGUUUUUAAAUUUUGUUUUGUGAGUUAUAUAUUGUAAAAAAAUAUCCAACAGUUUUGACUUGCGCUUUUAUAUAGGUAUAGAUGAAUUAGAUGAUAUUAGGGUUAUAAAGUGCAGGUUUCAAAAAUAUUCUUGUUCACAAAUUUAGCAAGUAAACCUAUUUGAAAAUUGUCUGCAAAUUUACAUAUUGAUUCCCAAGUGAAGUUGAAAUAAUUGUACAUGUUAUCAGAGAAUCUUUGGAAAUUAAUGCAGGCAAAUAUGGAUUAGUGUCAAGGACAUUUGUCUUUUUUUUCGUUAAUGAAAAUGCUAAAAUUUGCAAGCUUUAAAUAUGGUGCAUUGUUGUAUAUUGGGAAAACAUAGGAAGAAGUGAGAGAUAAAGUCUCUGGCAGAAAGGCACUUCAGUAGAGAUUGUUCUCUGGGAAUAACAAACACAAGAGAAGCCCUAUUGUUCAAUGCUGUAUGUAAGUGCAAGCAAUCAUCUAUGUUACGUAUGCAGGAAUAUAUAUAUAUUGUCUUAUAAAAGAUGUAGAAUAAUCAUUGUUUGAAUACCUUUUUAGGCAGCUUUUAGAAGGUAAUGCUUAUUAUUUAAAUAUUUAUGCAUCUCACCAGAAUAACUAGCAUUUAAGACAUUUUUUUUUUUUUUACUUGUGGUUUACUUUGCAUUUUGGAACCAAAAUAUGCAAAGGUAAAUAAAGUUGUUGAACUGAAAGGUAGGGUUUGGUCAACUGGAACUAUCACUCGAGAAAAAAAAUCAGCGGAGCACAUGUAGUUGCUUUGUGAACACAGGUAUCUUGAAAGGGAAAAAUGUAAUAUUGGAGCAAUAGGUUCCUGGAAGGUUUUUAAAAAGGCUUAACUAUUAAUAAUUAGUAAACUCAUGAAACCAAUUUGAUUAUAAUGUGCUUUUGAUAAAUUGCCAUUUUGAUUUGCUAGCAGAACACUGUUGUGAACUCUCAGUUAUUGAUUUGGUUUAUAUUUUGUGAUGUAGUUUGCAAGUCCAGUAGACAAAAAACAAAAUAUUAUAUAAAGAACAAGAAAAAAUGUAAAAAAAAAGAAAAGAAAAGACAAAAAAAAUGGGAGCAGCAUUUUUUAAAGAUAGAUAUUUACAUGUAGAUGCUUCUUGUAGACAUUUGCUACAUGGCUUUUAGUUAUACAUUACCUCUUCUUGUGUAGCUCGUAUAUUCCACAUUCUACCAAAGAAUUUGUUAUUGUGUAUCCUUUUUUGGCUUGAAGUAUAAACCUCCUUGUGUGUAUUUUACAAAUCUUGAAGCUUUUAGCAUAUUUUUAUUUUUAUUAUUUGCAACAAGGUGUUUGGUUUGUAAUCAUUAUUGUUGUUAUUGCUAUUAUGAUUAUGAUGAUAAUGAUGAUUUUUUUUCUAUUUGAUUAUUAUUUGAAGUUUCUAAUUGGUAAAAAACUCUGGCUUUAACACUGUCCAUGUAUCUUUUUAUCUAUAUUUUUUUCUGUGAAGUUAGUUGUAUUAUUGUCAAGGCAUUGUUUUGUCAAUUUGUGAUCAUGUCAUUUAAAAAGAAAAGAAAAAAAAAUUGUAAUUCAAGAAUAUUUUUUUUUUUGUCUUUUUUUUAGGAAACUUUCUCUGUUGAAAACUGUUUUGUAGCUCUGAUAAUAUGAUUUAGGCAACUAAGUAGCAUGCUUCUAUUUGUUAUGGAUGUGGAAGGGUCUUCAGUACUCCUAUGUGAAUUUGUUUUUUGUGUGUUUCAUUUUUUCUGGAGGCAGACAGCAAUAUCGACUCCACAGUAUAAUCUGUUCUCCAUUGCCAGUGAGGUUGUGGUGCAUGUUUCAUGGUUUUUAAUGUAAGCCUCAAGAGCAAUCAUGGUAAAAGUAGCUGCAAUGGCAACAUAUACGCUUGUGGAACUAAAUCUCAUUAGCUUGGGUCAUCCUCUUAUUGCAGCAUUUGCCUGCCUAGUACUAUAGUACAAGUGUUUAUUGGCUUGUAUUUUGGCCCAGGGGAGUGUCAAUCAGGCCCCCUUGGG